GCUAUAUGAUAUCCAUUUGGGGAGGAGAAAUUGCUUGCACUCUUCUCACGGCCCAAAGGGGGAGUUCAACCACCACCUACCCUCUUUUUUCUUUGCCCAACUCAUAGCGUUAAAUGAAACAUUCAAUUCAUUAUUUUCAUCACCUCUCUGCAACACUCUCUGACUAUUCAUAUCUCCUCCAAUUUUAAGAGACACCCAAAAACCAACUCAAAAGAUGAAACAAAUGAAGCAAUUACAGAGACAAAGGUAGCUCCUUUUUAUAUCUCCAAAAGGGUGUUCUCAAAAUGGUGGCAUCCUCAUCUUCAAUGGCCAUAUCAGCCAAAUGGGUGUUGAUUACAAUCGCCCGUUUCUCAAAUGAAGCUCUCAGCUUUUUUCUCUUCUCGCUUCUCGAUGUCAUUGACGUUUUGUUGUGUUUUGUGUACAAAGUGGCUGAUUUCUUCUAUGAGUCUGAAUGGAAGCCUUGUUAUUGUUCUUCUCAUGAUCAAGAGGCCAUUUCAAGUGGCGAUGGGAAUAAGAUUUUGGUGUCGGAAAAGGGCUUGUCAUUGUCCACUAAGCUUAAGCUGGAGGAAGUUUCUGAUACUCUGUAUACUCGUCCUUCUUUGCUCUCGGACCUAUCUAAGGUUACUGUCAAUGAGCUCCGGCGGCUCAAGGUUAAGCCUUUUCUCAUUGGCUCGACGGCGAACGCGGCGGUGAGAUCGACGUUUACUGUGAACUCCACCAUUGUUGAUAUGCUUCAAGAGAAGAUCAAUGGCGGACAGAGUCCUAGGUGGUCGGAAUGUAAUUGUAAACUCUGUUCUUGUUGGUCUUCUUCCUCUAAACAAUCUCUCUUUGUGCGUUCUCAAGGACCCAAAGAUCACCCACAUGAAGACGUAUUGUUCAUCCAUGGCUUCAUUUCUUCCUCUGCUUUUUGGACGGAGACCCUCUUCCCUCACUUCUCGGCGUCAGCCAAAUCGGCAUACAGGCUCCUCGCCGUCGAUUUGCUCGGGUUUGGUCGAAGCCCAAAGCCGGCCAAUUCACUCUACACAUUGAAGGAGCAUGUGGACAUGAUCGAAUCCUCUGUUCUCGAGACCCACAAGGUCAAGUCUUUCCACAUCGUUGCUCAUUCACUCGGCUGCAUUUUGGCCUUGGCUUUAGCCGUUAAGCAUCCUGGGUCAGUCAAGUCGCUAACGCUGCUCGCACCGCCGUACUAUCCGGUGCCAAAAGGGGAGGAGGAGGCGAGCCAAUACGUGAUGCGGAAGGUGGCGCCACGGCGGGUGUGGCCGCCGAUAGCGCUGGGGGCGUCGAUUGCUUGCUGGUAUGAGCAUAUCUCAAGGACGGUGUGCCUACUGAUAUGCAAGAACCAUCGCUUUUGGGAGUUUCUAACCAAACUAAUCACCAGAAACAGGAUAGAGUCGUUUUUGGUUGAAGGAUUUUUCGCCCACACGCACAACGCGGCGUGGCAUACACUGCAUAACGUGAUAUGCGGCACGGGUGGGAAGAUGGAAAGGUAUUUGGACAUAAUCCGAGAGACGGUGAAGUGCGAAGUGAACAUAUUCCACGGCGGCGACGAUGACGUGGUUCCAGUGGAGUGCAGCUACAACCUGAAGGCGCGUGUUCCUAGAGCGCGUGUGAACGUGGUGCAAAACAAAGACCACAUCACUAUCGUCAUGGGAAGACGAAAGGCUUUUGCUAGAGAGCUUGAGGGAAUUUGGCGCAACUCAAAUGCUUAAUAUUUAAAUAAAUUAAGCAAAUAUAUAUAUAUAUAUAAAUAUAUAUUAUUGCUAUUAUUCGUAUAUUUUAAUCGUAAAUUAAAAAUAUAAAUAACCUAAAAAGCAGGUUUAGAAAAGUCCGUAUUUUGUGGGCCCCAAAGCCGUGUGGACGUUUUUGAAAUACCCCAUAACAUAGGGUGUACUUCGAAUUUCAUAUUUUGCUAAUUCAGUAUAAAUAAAUAUAAAUCUAUACUA